ACACAAAAACGAAAGCUCCUUCCUUUCUUUCUCCCUUUCCCCCUUUCUUUCAUUCAGAAAGAAAUCACACAACCCCAGCCAAAAAGCCUACACCACCGCCGCAAGGAGUGGCAUACUGCUGCGUCCGUCGCACUCAAAGUUCGCCAUCCGUCCGUCUAUGUAGCUUCCCUCGUGACCCAAGUCUUCAACCCCUGUUCGCUGUCACCGAUCGCGGCUGCUUCCUCGAGCUCGGCGUCCGUCGUCUUUGUCUGCUUAGCCGCGCUUCCGUCGCCGUUUGUUUUCCGUUCACGUUCGCGUCUUCGUUCAGCUGUCGUCUUCGUUCGCGUUCUUCGCCGUUCACGUUCGCUCGGCGUUCACUCGCCGUUCACCGUUCGAGUUCGCAUUCGUGUUCGUCUGGAAGCCACGUUGCUCUGCUUCAAACACUGCGACCAACCCGCGCGUUCCACCUAGCCGUCGAACUGCUCUCUUUUGUCGCCGCCAACCUUGCUCUUGACACAACCAACGGUGGAGCCACGAUUAAGGGAAGGGGUAUAUCCAAACCAAAAACCAAAACCAUAAUCCUCUUUAAGUUCCAACGUUAAUGUCAUCCAUAAACAUGAACAUACCGCUGUUGCACCCCAAAACCAGCACACCUCAUCAUUCACAGUUGCUCCUCACACAAAUCAGGACAUGCCAAAGCAUGCAAGAAUUGAAGCAAGUGCAUGCCUUUCUCAUCAAAACAGCACAAAACCAUGAACCUGUUGUGGCAACAGAGCUUCUCAGGCACUCUGCAACCUCUGAUUUUCGUGAUAUUGACUAUGCCCUCUUGUUGUUCGAUGAAAUGCCUGAACCAGAUUGCUUUGCCUGGAACACGUUGAUAAGAGCACUUGCUGAAACCCAUGAUAGGCCACUGCAUGCCUUGCUGUUUUUCUGCAAUAUGGUGUCUGAUGGGAUGGUGGAACCCAACAGGUUCACCUUCCCUUCUGUGUUGAAGGCUUGUUCAGUGUUGACCAGGUUGGAGGAAGGGAAGCAGGUUCAUGGUUUGGUUGUGAAGUUUGGAUUUUCUGGUGAUGAGUUUGUGGUUAGCAAUCUGCUAAGGAUGUAUGUGAUGUGCGGGAAUAUGGAGGAUUCCCAUGUUUUGUUUCGCAGGAGUGUUGAUGGUGUUGAUUAUAUGAACAAAGUGAUGAGGGAUAAGAGGAGGGAGGAGGGUAUUGUGGUUCUGUGCAAUGUGAUGGUUGAUGGGUAUGUGAGAGUUGGGAACCUUACGGCUGCUAGGGAGUUGUUUGACAAGAUGCAUAAAAGGAGUGUGGUUUCUUGGAAUGCAAUGAUUUCUGGCUAUGCACAAAAUGGGUAUUUUUUGGAGGCCAUAGAGUUGUUUCAUAGGAUGCAGAUGGAGGAUUUGCUCCCGAACCGGGUGACUUUGGUCAGCGUGUUGCCUGCAAUUUCACGGCUCGGGGCCAUUGAACUGGGGAAAUGGGUGCAUUUGUAUGCAGAGAGGAACAAGAUUAAGAUUGAUGACGCUCUUGGCUCUGCAUUAGUUGAUAUGUAUGCAAAGUGUGGGAGCAUUGGGAAGGCUGUUCAGGUCUUUGAGAGUCUGCCUAAGAGUAAUGUGAUAACAUGGAAUGCUAUACUCGGUGGUCUAGCCAUGCAUGGUAAAGCCAAGGACGUGUUUGAUUUUUUUGUGAGGAUGGAAAGAAGUGGCAUAUCCCCUAGUGAUGUAACAUACAUAGCCAUCUUGAGUGCUUGUAGCCAUGCAGGGUUAGUAGACAAGGGUAGAUCAUAUUUCAAUCGUAUGGUUAAUGUGGGGUUUGUGCCUCGGAUAGAGCACUAUGGAUGCAUGGUUGAUCUCUUGGGACGUGCUGGAUAUCUAGAAGAAGCCAAAGAACUUAUAUUGAACAUGCCAAUAAAAUCAGAUGAUGUCAUAUAGGCUUUGCUUGGUGCUUGUAAGCUACAUAAGAAUGUUGAAAUUGGAAGGCGUGCAGCAGAGGUUUUAAUGCAACUGGCUCCACACGAUAGUGGGGCAUAUGUGGCUAUCUCGAACAUAUAUGCCUCAUCUGGUGAUUGGGAUGCAGUUGCAGAGGUGAGGUUGAUGAUGAAAGACUUGGACAUAAGGAAAGACCCUGGAUGCAGUUGGAUCGAGAUUGAUGGUGUUAUUCAUGAGUUUCUUGUUGAAGAUGAUUCCCAUCCUAGUGCCAAAGAAAUACACUCAAUGUUGGAGGAAAUUUCGAACAAAUUAAAUUUUGAAGGUUAUAGGCCAGAUACCACACAAGUCUUGCUUAAGAUGGAUGAGACACAUAAAGAAAGUGUGCUGCAUUACCACAGUGAGAAGAUUGCAGUUGCCUUUGGCUUAAUUAGUACAACACCAAAGACCCCACUUCAGAUUGUGAAAAACUUGCGAAUUUGUGAAGAUUGUCAUUCCUCCAUGAAAUUAAUAUCAAAGAUUUACAAUCGCAAGAUAACUAUCAGGGACAGGAAGCGGUUUCACCAUUUUGAGCAUGGUUCAUGUUCUUGUAUGGACUACUGGUAGUUGGUCAUUCUAUGGUGACUGCAACUAUAGGUUUUCAAUUGUCCUAACUGUUACUAACCUCCUUUGAGUGUCUUUGAAAAGCAAAGCCUCUGUACUGGUGAGUAUAGUUGCUAGAAUUUGUACAUCAAAAGAUCCUUUUUAUUGUCCAUAAAUUAGAUGCCUUUUGCACAUAACUUGCUCAGACUGAUGUAAUCACAAAUAUAUAAACCUCCCAAGUACUAUAGUUACUUUUUGUUUUUCAAAAUUUAGUUGGCAUUUAUGGUAUAAAAUUCUUCUUAAGUUACAUGUAAACAAAUGAUCAUGACGGUCAUGUGAAUGUGCCUUAAAAGUGACUUUGAGAGAACUUUUGUCAUAACUGAGCUGUUUUCAAGUACAUUCUUGUGCAGAGAUUAAUAAUUUUGGAGGAGAGGUUUUCCAAUCAGCAUCGAAGGUAAUUUCCUUAGAACCACUUUUGAGAGGGGAACACACCUCAAGGUUCUAAUCCAAGCUACAGCUCUACCAUUUUUGUCACACCGGUAGUCUGUAGCUCCAAUCACUGCUCAUGCAUAAUGUUCCUUAUUCAUAAAACACUGAAACAAACACCUUCCCUUGAUGAAAUGGCAAACCAUCUUACUCACUCCAUUACUUAAACUAUUUCAUCCAUAAGAUAAAUCCUAAUACCUUGGUAUUAUGGGUAAGAGCAAGUAUCGUCUUUAUUCUUAUUAGUUUCCAAGAUAAAUCCUAGUUCAAAAUUCAAUCUAAAAAACCAUGACUCCAAUGCAUUUGAUUUACAGCUGCUUGCACAACCGUUAUCAUGGCUCACUUCAACCAAGUUCAAUUGGCUGCUGGAGAUUCCAUUGCCAUUUUCUCUUCAUUGAAUAUAAGAGCCGCUAUUUUUUUUUCCUAUAAUCUGGAAGGUGUUGCCUUGCUCCAAAAAUGCUGGUUUUAAAACUGAACAUGAUAUUCUUUUAUAUAUUUAUUAUUAGAAUGUAAUUUUAAUGACCUGUCAGUGUAAAACAGUUUUAGACGUACAUUCAACUACGUAAUGCUACGUCAGCAAAAUAACUACCUUUUACAUUGACCGCGUGAAUGGUUAUCCAAAUUAUAUCAUAUAAUGUAUUUAAAACAAAAAGCAAGUAAAAGCUCAUUACUCAGGUAAUAUGGACAAAGGUUAGGAAUUGCAUCAUGUGGUAUGUUGUGAACAUUCUAACAUAUACACAAAAUAUUAGUCAUAAAUAAGUUACCCGUAUAGAAUACAUAUUUGAAACAUAAAAUAUAUAUUGGAAAUGUAUAAAACAACACAUGUAAAUAUAUACAAAUACACGGUAAUUGAUUUUUGUUGUGUACAAAGCAUUUUUUAAUCUCUUUAAUACUUCUUCUUUGGAAAGAUUUUUGUUCUUCAGCCAGUGUCACCUUUUUUGUUCAAUUACAGCAGAUCAUAUUUAAUUUUAGCCAAUUAUAUAAUGAUCUAGUACAUUUUCUUUCAGAUUGAUCCCAUUGAUUGGCCACUAAAUUGAAUUUUUUUAUCUUUCUUUUUAGAAUGGCAUGGUAAAGACUAAAGACACACACAUUUGAUAUUAUAAAAGCGAUUUUGUUAUUUAUCAAAAUAUUUUCUGAUAAAUUAGUGCUAGAUCUGGGAGAGAGCUUUAUUUUUGUUACUUGGGAUCAGAGACUCAGGGUAGCUAAUAUGAGAAGACUACAUGAGGAGGAAAAGGGAACAAAUUAUG